CAAUUCAAUCUGCUCUUCUCUCUUUCUCAUCAUUAGCGACGAACAACUCGUCGCUCUCUCUCUCCCUUCGCUCGAAUUUACGAACGCUUCCUUCUCCGCAGGCUUUAUUUGAUUCGUCUCUGAUCUAAUUUCGUUUAAUUGCUUAGAAAGUUUAUAUCUUUUAAUCCCUUUCGUCUAUCAUCGCUAUCGUGUUAUCUGUUUCUUUGUGUUUGUGUUUUUUUUUGUUCUUCUCUGUGUUUUGUAACAAUGGAUGCAGGUAUGAGCACAUCUUCGCACUUGAAGGCGCAGGCUCGGUUCCCACUUCAAGAACACUUUCUUCCCAGGAAAAACUCCAAGGAAAAUCUGGACAGAUUCAUACCCAACAGAUCAGCCAUGGAUUUCGACUAUGCUCACUACGCACUCACCGAAGGAAGAAAAGGUAAAGAUCAAGCAGCAGCAGCGGUAAGCUCACCAUCCAGAGAGGCCUACAGGAAGCAGCUUGCUGAGACGAUGAAUCUAAAUCACACCCGGAUUCUCGCCUUCAGGAACAAACCUCAAGCUCCGGUCGAGUUGCUUCCCACCGACCACUCUGCUUCUCUUAACCAACAACCCAAAUCCGUAAAGCCUCGCAGAUACAUUCCUCAGUCUUCUGAGAGGACAUUGGAUGCACCUGACAUUGUGGAUGACUUCUACCUCAACUUGCUUGACUGGGGAAGUGCUAAUGUCUUAGCCAUAGCGUUGGGCCACACUGUUUAUCUGUGGGAUGCUUCCACUGGUUCCACAUCUGAGCUUGUCACCAUUGAUGAGGAGAAAGGACCUGUGACCAGUAUCAACUGGGCACCUGAUGGUCGUCAUGUUGCAAUUGGGCUCAACAACUCUGAAGUGCAACUGUGGGAUUCUGCAUCCAACCGUCAACUGAGAACAUUGAAGGGUGGUCACCAGUCAAGAGUAGGAUCAUUGGCAUGGAACAAUCACAUCCUGACAACCGGAGGGAUGGAUGGACAGAUCGUCAACAACGAUGUUCGGAUCAGAUCACACGUAGUGGAAACCUACAGGGGUCACACUCAAGAGGUUUGUGGUCUGAAGUGGUCAGGUUCUGGACAACAACUAGCAAGUGGUGGCAACGACAAUGUUGUACACAUAUGGGAUCGUUCUGUCGCCUCCUCAAACUCGACCACGCAAUGGCUGCACAGGCUUGAAGAACAUACAUCUGCAGUUAAAGCCCUUGCUUGGUGCCCUUUCCAAGCGAAUUUGCUUGCAACUGGUGGUGGUGGUGGAGAUAGAACGAUCAAGUUCUGGAACACUCACACAGGAGCUUGUUUGAAUUCAGUAGACACUGGCUCCCAAGUUUGUUCUUUGUUAUGGAGCAAGAAUGAAAGAGAGUUGCUUAGCUCACAUGGGUUUACACAGAACCAGCUCACGCUUUGGAAGUACCCAUCUAUGGUGAAAAUGGCAGAGCUCAGUGGUCAUACAUCAAGAGUUCUAUACAUGGCCCAGAGUCCAGAUGGUUGUACCGUAGCUUCAGCAGCAGGAGACGAGACUCUGAGGUUCUGGAAUGUUUUUGGAGUGCCAGAGAUCGCCAAAAAAGCUGCUCCAAAAGCAGCCCAUGAGCCAUUUUCUCAUGUGAAUCGUAUUCGUUGAAACUGUGAAGCCGUACAACAAAGAAAGCCACUGAUUGUUACAGAAGAAAACUGCUUUUUUUUUUUAUCUCGGGAUUCAUUCUUCAUGAACUGUAAUCUGUAUCGACAGCUAAAGUGCAUAUUGUACAUGAAAGUUGUGGAGUCAAACUUAAUUGCUUGUAUAUAUAGAAUUUAAAUAGAAAGAUUUUGAUUGUUA